AUGCAGACGAUGACCGCCGUCUCUGGGACACCAGGCUAUGUUGAUCCUGAAUGCGUGAUCACCGGUAGAGCAAGCUUAGAGUCUGAUGUUUAUAGCUUCGGCAUUGUCUUAUUGGAAGUGGCAUGCGGAAGGAGGCCAAUGAGCCUACAAGAUAACCAGAAGAAUGGCAUCUUCCGGUUGGUCGAGUGGGCCUGGGACCUGUACGGACAAGGAGAUGUUGUCUCAGCGGCUGAUGAGCGGCUCAACGGUGAUUACGACGUGUCAGAGAUGGAGCGUGUCAUCGUUGUGGGGCUUUGUGGCCUCAGUGGAGGGGCUCUUCACAUCGUCCACUGGAAUGUCGUCCUCAAGUGCAGCACAAUCAUCAUCGACGACCAGUGGCUACAUCACUCACACCUCGAGUUCCUCUAA